AUGCGGGGCCUCGUACAGUUCAUUGCGGAUCUUAGAAACGCAAGAGCAAGAGAGCUUGAGGAAAAGAGAAUCAACAAGGAACUCGCGAAUAUAAGGCAGAAAUUCAAAGAUGGGAGCCUGAGUGGUUACCAUAAGAAGAAAUAUGUCUGCAAGCUCUUAUACAUCUACAUUCUUGGGUGGAAUGUCGAUUUUGGCCAUCUCGAAGCAGUCAACCUCAUAUCUGCGAAUAAAUACUCGGAAAAGCAAAUCGGAUACUUGGCGAUGACCCUGUUCCUUCAUGAAGGACACGAAUUGAUACAUUUAGUUGUGAACAGUAUUAGGAAAGACUUGACAGACCACAAUGAAUUAUUUAACUGUUUGGCAUUGCAUGCAAUUGCUAAUGUGGGUGGAAGAGAAAUGGGAGAGGCGUUGAGCGGAGAGGUCCAUAGACUCCUAAUAUCACCGACAUCCAAAUCAUUUGUCAAAAAGAAGGCAGCUCUGACUCUUCUUCGACUCUACCGAAAACAUCCCGAUAUAGUGCAGCCGCAAUGGGCGGAACGAAUUAUAUCCUUAAUGGAUGAUAUUGAUAUGGGUGUUGCUCUCUCGGUCACCUCCCUCGUUAUGGCUCUUGCUCAAGAUAAUCUCGAGCAAUAUAAAGGAUGUUAUGUUAAAGCUGCAGCCAGAAUGAAGAGAAUAGUCGUGGACCAAGAAUUCACCCAGGAUUAUCUUUAUUACAAGGUGCCUUGCCCAUGGCUACAAAUGAAGCUUAUAAGGUUAUUACAAUAUUAUCCCGCGUCAGAGGACACACAUGUAAGAGAUUUGAUUCGGAAAUCCAUACAGAAAAUUCUGGACGAUGCCUCCGAUAUGCCUAAGAAUGUUCAGCAGAACAACGCACAAAAUGCGGUUUUAUUCGAAGCCAUCAACCUUGUCAUUCACCUCGAUACCGAAGUAGAUCUUAUGAAACAGAUCUCAACAAGACUAGGAAAAUUCAUUCAGUCACGGGAAACCAAUGUUAGGUAUCUUGGUCUGGAAGCCAUGACACAUUUGGCCGCAAGAGCUGAUAUCUUAGAUCCUAUCAAGCAGCAUCAAGCAAUCAUUAUUGGAUCCUUAAAAGAUAGAGAUAUUAGUGUGCGAAGGAAAGGUUUGGAUUUGCUAUACAGCAUGUGUGAUCAGACCAACGCACAAGCAAUCGUUGGCGAACUUCUGCAAUAUCUUCAAAAUGCAGAUUUCGCUAUCCGAGAAGAGAUGGUCUUAAAGAUUGCCAUCUUGACCGAGAAAUAUGCUACUGAUAUUCAGUGGUAUGUUGACAUAUCAUUGCGACUUAUUGCAAUGGCCGGAGAUCAUGUCAGUGACGAGGUUUGGCACCGAGUUAUCCAAAUUGUUACGAAUAACGAAGAGCUCCAAGUAUAUGCAGCACAGAAUAUUUUACAGUAUUUGAAAGCGGAGCACUGUCACGAGACACUUGUUAAAAUUGGCGGAUACCUACUUGGCGAAUUUGGCCACUUGAUUGCAGAAGAUAAAGGUUGUAGUCCAAUCGAGCAAUACCUUGCAUUACAAGGCAAAUUACAAGGUUGUUCAUCGAGUACCAGAGCUAUCAUUCUUUCAUCUUUUAUCAAAUUUGUCAAUCUUUUCCCUGAAAUCAAACCUCGACUUUUGUAUGUAUUCGAAGCAUACAGUCAUACCUUAGACUCCGAACUUCAGCAAAGGGCUUGCGAGUAUUUGGCUUUGGCAAGUCUACCAACUGAUGAUCUUCUCCGAACGGUCUGCGAUGAAAUGCCACCUUUCCCAGAACGUCAAUCGGCAUUACUUUCGCGGCUGCAUCAAAAGCAUGCUGGAACUAGUGAUAAGCGGACUUGGAUUGUGGGAGGCAAAGAUGCCAAUGCUAAUGAGAAAGAUUUCGUGGUUGCUAAGAACCCAGGGUUGAAGCGCACGUUUAGCACAAAUGGAGCAAUCGCCAAUGCUGUCGGAGCUAACGGGGGUACUAAUGGUACAACUGGAAAAACCAAUGGCUCCAGUAACGAUCUCGCUGGCUUGGAUCUCAUGGAUCAAGGACCGUCGGAACCAAAAACUCUCAAGGCGCCAAACCUUGCAAGUGCGGCCCAUCUUUCGCCAGACUGGGAGAUUGGAUACAACAAACUUCUUCUAAGAGCCGAGGGUGUACUCUAUGAAGAUGGACAAAUACAGAUUGGAGUCCGAUCUGAAUAUCGUGGCCAAAUGGCAUGCGUCAUCUUAUAUUUCUCCAACAAAGCCCCAACCUCCAUCAGCUCAUUCACCACAACACUCGAUCUCGAACCAAACGAAAAGGAGAACCUUACAUGGGAAGUUAAAAGUUUACCGGAAAGCACAAUUCACGAAGGUGCACAAAGUCAACAAAUGAUAAUGUUUGAGUCGAGAAAGGUGUUUGAAAAGAGUCCAACGAUUAGAAUCAGUUACCUGGCUGGAGCUCUCCAAGCUUUGACCCUGAAGCUUCCAAUCACCACACAUAAAUUCAUGGAUCCAGCAGAAUUAUCUGCAGAUGAUUUCUUCAAACGAUGGAAGCAAAUUGGAGGAGAACCACGUGAAGCUCAACGCAUUUUUGGCGUUAAGGGUGGUAAAGGUGGAAUUCGUGAAUUCACUGAUGGAUUUAUUCGAAAGACUAUUGAUGGUUUUAGAUGGGGUAUUUUGGACGGCGUGGAUCCUAAUAAGAAGAAUUUUGUCGGUGCCAGUGUGCUGCAUACUGGUGAUGGAGGCAAGUUUGGCUGUUUGUUGAGACUCGAGCCAAAUUAUGGGACUCAGAUGGUCCGUCUCACAAUCCGAGCGACGGAUGAAAGUGUCCCACUAGUUUUAAUCAAGCUCAUGGAAGAAAGACUUGCUGUCGGUAUUUCAACGCAGCCGGAAAUGCUAUCACCACCUACACGAAGAGAAAUAUCUGACGUAUUUGGUAAUGUACUUGUUGAAUAG